CCCACCUUUAAUUCCCGUUAGCGCCCCCCGCCCGCAGCACCACCGCCCUUGGGCAGCCUGGCUUGGUUCUUUCAUCUGAGGAGGCGGAUCCGUUUACAAAAGCUUUCCAGAAACGACUUGUUUCUCCGUACGAUUUCCAAGUCACCCCCUCCAACAGUGAUGCCCAUUGGUUUAGCCCCUCAACCUGGAUUGGCUGAAGGUUUACGCCUCGGCUAGGGAUUGGAGGACGUUGGUUCUUUACGUACUCCCCGCGCCCAUUGGUUCGUUUUCCCCGCUUCUGGGCGGAGUGGCUAGGGAUGGUUUCCACCCUCUUGUUUACGGAGCGCGUAGUUGUAGCGCUCUCCGAGCGUUGGGGCUGUCUGCAAAGUUCCCUAUUUAGCUCUUAGGGCCAAUUGGGUCCUCGCUCCACCCUAGCCCUUUUCGCUUGCCCGCCUUCCGCGUGGUACGGCCCACACCUUUAGAGCCGCGGCGCGUGCCUGCGACCCUCGCGUUCCUCCACCCGCGCUCUCCGGGCUGCUCCCCCUCGAGGGUGUGCUUGGUACGGCCCGCGCCGCCUCCUUCCCUCGCUGGGUUGGCUGUUUCCCCUCCCCCCCGCCGGCGGCGCUUGGUGCCGCCCGGGAGAACCAGGUCAUCGGUCGGUUCCCGUGAAAACAAAAACAAUCGGCGGCGCCGCCGCGGACACCCGAACGCCGCGAGCGGGGGCCGGGGACGUGGGGCCGGGUGGGGCGAGUGAGAGGGAGCGGCGGCGACGCGCCGGGGGGCCGGGGCGCCAUGGGGCAGGCGGGCACUGGCUGCGCCGGGCUCCCCCGGCGCCGUGGCUAGCUCGCCCGCCGCCUCAGCCGCCCGCGCCGCCCGCCUGGGGGACGAGGAGCAGGACGCGGCCUCGGCGGGGCCCGGGCCGAACGGCUGCGGACACCCGGGCGCCGGGGAGCCGAGCGCCGCCGCCUCCGGCAUGGAUCAGUGCGUGACGGUGGAGCGAGAGCUGGAGAAGGUGCUGCACAAGUUCUCGGGCUACGGGCAGCUGUGCGAGCGCGGCCUGGAGGAGCUCAUCGACUACACGGGCGGCCUGAAGCACGAGAUCCUGCAGAGCCACGGCCAAGAUGCUGAAUUAUCAGGGACACUUUCACUUGUUUUGACACAGUGCUGUAAAAGAAUAAAGGAUACCGUUCAAAAAUUGGCCUCAGACCACAAAGACAUCCACAGCAGUGUUUCUCGCGUUGGAAAAGCCAUUGAUAAGAAUUUUGAUUCUGACAUCAGCAGUGUGGGAAUAGAUGGCUGCUGGCAAGCAGACAGCCAAAGGCUUCUAAAUGAGGUGAUGGUGGAACACUUCUUCCGACAAGGAAUGCUGGAUGUAGCUGAGGAGCUCUGCCAGGAAUCUGGUCUUUCUGUAGACCCAAGUCAGAAAGAACCAUUUGUGGAGUUAAAUCGAAUACUAGAAGCAUUAAAAGUCAGAGUUCUAAGACCUGCUCUGGAGUGGGCAGUAUCAAACCGAGAAAUGCUUAUAGCCCAAAACAGCUCCUUGGAAUUUAAGCUACACAGACUGUAUUUCAUUAGCUUGUUAAUGGGAGGAACUACAAAUCAGCGAGAGGCAUUACAGUAUGCUAAAAAUUUUCAGCCAUUUGCCCUAAAUCAUCAAAAAGAUAUUCAGGUUUUGAUGGGAAGCCUCGUGUAUCUGAGACAAGGGAUUGAGAACUCACCGUAUGUUCACCUGCUUGAUGCAAACCAGUGGGCUGAUAUCUGUGACAUCUUUACACGGGAUGCUUGUGCCCUCCUGGGGCUCUCUGUGGAGUCCCCUCUCAGUGUCAGUUUCUCAGCAGGUUGUGUGGCGUUGCCAGCUUUAAUUAACAUCAAAGCGGUGAUUGAACAGAGGCAGUGCACUGGAGUUUGGAACCAGAAAGAUGAAUUACCUAUUGAAGUGGACCUUGGUAAAAAGUGUUGGUAUCACUCUAUAUUUGCCUGUCCCAUUCUUCGUCAGCAAACAACAGAUAACAAUCCACCCAUGAAAUUGGUCUGUGGUCAUAUUAUAUCAAGAGAUGCCCUGAAUAAAAUGUUUAAUGGUAGCAAAUUAAAAUGUCCAUAUUGUCCAAUGGAACAAAGUCCAGGAGAUGCCAAACAGAUAUUUUUCUGAAGAAGUAACUUUAGUUUGCAAUUUGUAAGUGAAACUGAAUUAUGGGCACAUUUCAGAAGAGAACGUUCCAUUUAAUGCAGCUAACCAAGGACUCCCGUGUUUAUAUAAGCUAAUGCUCCAGAAACUUUGCCAACAUAUUAGUGUACACACACUGAGGGGAGUGCUCCAGAUGAAUAUUAUCAUAGGGCUUUAUUAUAUUCUUGGUCUUCAUUUCUGAUCAAGUAAAUACACCAGCAGUUGUCAUUCAAUGCAGGUUUUUGUACUUAAUUAUAUGGUGAUUUUUUUACUUUUUAAGAGCAGAAACAGAAAUUGACCUCCUCGCCAUGUGUUUAAUAUUUCUCCUGCUUUUACUUUUGUCAUUUUCUUGAUAACUGUAAGCCUUGAGAGUGUUUGUGAAAAAGUUUUAUUUCCUGUUAUGUAUACAUAAUUAAAUGAAAAUUCUUCAGAAAAAGUUUGAUAAAUUGAAUUGUGGUUGUAAAACUAAUUUACUUUUUUUUUUGCUUAAGGAAGAAAGCUGUGAUAGAUUCCAAAUUUGCUUUUUGAUGUUUCCCUCUGCUCCUCCUCCAAGAAGUCAGCACACCUGCAUUUGAGCUCUGCUUGUAGCCCCAGCAGGCUGCCUGUUUAAAAUUUCAUCAUUUAGCAGGCUGGUGUGAGAAGUCUUCCAUUAGAAUAGAGUGGAAAGGAGUACUAUUGUUUUUUUGCUUUUAUUGCCAAGAGGUGCUUGUUUUAAAAAGUUUGUUCAAUAAAAUGAAAUUCUGAAGUUAGAAGUGUUCUUAAGUUGAUAUUUGCUCUCUUGGUCUUGGUAGCCCUAUUCUCUGAAAUCUGCCUUCAGGACUUGGCUAUCUAUUGCAUUUGUAUAUCAUUGCAGACACAGUGUUGUGCGUGUGUGUAUAUAUGUGCACCAGCAUCGAACAUUGUGUAUCUAGAAGGGAAGAAGCAUGUUUCAGUCCUAAAAUACAGUUACCAGACCCAUCAUUUUAAAUCCUUAAAGUUAGAAGCUAGUAUAUUUUCUAUAGUGCAGAAUAUGUUUAUUGCUGUUUUGUGUUUGAAUAGUAUACUGUUCAAUGCCUCUCUUCUGCAACGUGUAUCAUCUCAUUGACUGUGAAUCUGUAUAUUAUUCUAAUGGAUACAGAUAAUAAUCUUUUCUCUUAUGAGGUAGCUUCAUUUAAUGCACUGUCCAGAAAUAGCCAUGUGUAAGGGUCUUUCUCUGUAUGAUGAACUACAUGGAAAAGACUUCUAUGGACAUAAUUCUGACUUAAACUCAUGAAGUUACUUCAUUAUGAGAAGAAUGUUAUUUGGAAAUCACCAAAUAUUUUACAACUUUAUUUCAUCUGACAUGGAACUGAACAUCAAUAUAGGAAUACUUUCAUGAGAAAAUGAAAAAAGAAGAAAACAGAAGCAAAGAGAAAUGUGGCACUUCACAUUUUCUUAUGGACUUAGUUUGAGGGAGGAGGGACAGAUUUGGUGCUAAUUGGAAGUUGGCAACAUUUGCAGUAGUACAUCAACCUGGAUGGUUUAUUCUGAGAUGUUUACUUGGGAAAGCUAGAAUUUGUUUAUGAAGGAAAAGGGUACUGCAGAAAAGCCCUGCUUAAUUACCAUGUGGUCAGGCUUGUGUAGAUGGCUACUAUGUGCUCUGUGGGGUUAGCCAGGAAUUGUGAUUGGCCUGGCUCAGUGCUUGCCUUGUCCAACCUCAUCUGGCCCCACAGCGAAUUUCACCCCAUGAUUCUGCUUCACUGUUGGAAUCCUCUGUAAAGUUCCCCCUCUCUCCACUAGAGCCGUGAAGGAAGAGAGCGGAGCAGAGACAGGCUCCUUGGACUGCAAAAGAGAAGGUAGAAAAUCCAGGCAACACUCUGGUCAAGAGUGUAAACUGGUUUAUUAUAUAUGUAUUUUUUCCUUUCAAUUAAAACCUAGAGUGUCAUUUUAAUUUUUUUAAAACCUUUUUCUCCCUAGGCCAAGUUUAGCUUUAUUCAGAACUUAUUCUCACCUUUCCACCCCAAACACCUAUACAGCAUUUAGACUUCACCAAGAAUUGAAUGAUAAAGAUAUGCUCUAGAGGUUGGUGAUAAAUAUUUUUGGUAGCCAGACACUUCACACAGUUGGCUCAGGCCACUUUUAAGGACAAAGGACAGAGCUUGUUUCGUCCCUUUCCCAGUGUUGGGAGUCCUACUGAUAGUUUUCUGUGCAGCUCAUGAAAACUUUACAAAGAUCAUGCUUUAACUGAAGCAUUUGACUUUACAGCUUUCUUUGUAAGAUCCUUGUACUCCUACUGGGCAGGGUGAGGGUCAAAAAUUUGAAACUCUAUUGGUCUGACAGUUUAACAUGAAAAUUUAUGUCUUGUGACCUUCUUUAAGUGCAUGGACUUAAAAUUCAUUGGAGACUAAAUGUGAAGGGGAGAGGUGGAUUUGAAGAGGCCAGAUCUUAACCAAAGAUGCUAAAGUACAGCAUUCUGUCCUUCCUACUCUAGAAACACCUUCACCAAUGGUGUUUUGACCAUAUCAUCGCUCAUGCUAUCUGCAUUUCAGCAGUGCAGGAGGAUGCUAUUUGUCUUUCUCUGCCUCCACUUGCAAAAGGUUAUGGAUGGUAGAGGCAAGGUUUUUUUAUAGUCAGACUAAUUAUAAUAAUGUACAUUGAAAACAAUUCAGAAUGGUUUCUUAAAUUUCUUUGGGAACCAUUUCCAUUUAUCAGUUGUGGACGGAGGCCAUGGAACUAUGCUAAACCAAUAAAACCUUAUUAUCAAAUCUUUAGCCAGAGCAUCUGUGUUUUCAGGUACAGUCUUUACAAUGGCUAAGGUUGUCUUUUGAUCUUUUUUCUCCCUGUGUAAUCAUUGCAGAUGCCAUUUCUGUUGUUUUAUUGGUGAUUAUAUGAGACUUCUAAUACGUAAAUGAACGGGUAUUGGUGCCUCUUUGUUUUAAAAAUUUUGAAGAAAAGAGCCACCUCAUAUUCAUAGGGUGUGUAUUUUGUGAGUGUGUAGCAUUUAAUUGAAAUUAAGAAAGUUAUGAAAUAAAUCUUUUGUUUUAACUUUUCUGUAGCAGCUAAUGUAUACAGAGACACUAAAACCCACACCACAUUUUGUGGGGAAUGAGGAUCCUUUUUUAUCUCUCCAGGUGGUCCCACAGGUUAUACAGUUUAAAUUCAGUAUUCUUUAUGCUGUGAGUUAUUUCAGCCUCAUUGGUUUCAGCCUUUGGGACAGUGGAUAUUGUAAAAACCAAGAGCUCUUGGUUAUCGCACAAGACAAGCUGCUGGUAGACUACAUUAGCCCUCUGGUUUUCCAGCUCAACCUCUGAUCAAGUGGACUGACAGCCAUGUUGGCCAGUCUGUUUAGUCAGCUGACUCAGGUUAUUUUCAGGGAAGGCAUGGAGGCAUAAUGGUUUGUUUAGUUUCAUCACUAAGAUGUGUAAGGUGACAACACAAACCAAAUACCUUUCAUUACUUAACUCUACAUACAUUAUCUUUGGUAACACUAGAAUGCUAUGGUCUUGAGGAAACGUUAGUAAGGAACACACAGAGAAGGUUGGUGUUUUGUAAGCCUGUCCAACUAUGGCAGGUUUUUUAUGGUACAAUAGUGUUUACUGUAAGCAGAUACACACUUCAUGAACUGUUCUUAAUGAACUACAAUUGAAUAAAUACCAAAAAUAGAAUGACAAAUGCAUUUUAAUAACAGAUGAGACAAUUAGUUUUAGGGUGAAUUUUCCGCUGUUUGAUUUUACUUCAAGACGUAGUGAGAGAAACAAAAGUUUUUUUUUCAAGACAUUUCCGCUACAGUUUUAAACUGUACGGGGCAUAUGCUUCAUUUACUUCCAAAGAGGCAAAAGCAGCUGGAAUUGGCUUACAGCACAUGCUUUGUUUCAUGUUAGGGGUGAGGACCUACACUCUUAUUUAGCAGUCACUUAACCUUCUUCAGUAAGGCAGAUGUGGGGUUCACUAGGAUUUAGUGCCUGAUAUUUUCUUUUGGGAAGGGGUGGGAGUGAAUGUAUUUGGGCUGGGAGGGAAGCAGAAGAAAAUGGGAGCGUGAGUGAGUGUGCAUGUGUCUGAAAUUCACUAUUUGCCCCACCUGUACCUAACAAGGAGCAGGUGAUAGAUGUAUUUUGCUCAUGACUGCAGUGUGCAUGUAUUUUUUUUCCUCCUUUGUGUUUUCUAAACUUACACUAAAAGGAUUCAUCAAAUCAUCUUGUUCAGAUGUCUCAGGAUUGUAUUUCUUUUGCUUACCCUGUACUCUUGGGUUCUAUAGUAUUUCUAUAAUUAUGUAACAAGAAUAGUGUUGCACUGUAAUCUAUCAUAUAGAGCUAUAUGUAUGGAAAAUUUUGAUCAGUUUUUUAAGAAAUGUAUCCUGUUUGCAAAGGCACAAUAAAGUUGCAUCUUAUAGACUAUAGGCAAUAAAGCUAACAAUAAACCUUAUUUAACACAAACCCUAUUCAUAUUCUCUGUUCAUUUGACUUUUGAAAAAAUCUAGCAUAUUCAGUAGUUUCAGGGAUUUCAUUUUAACUUUUAAAAUUCUGAUAUAUUUAAUUUAUAUAUAUUUCAGGCUGAAAUAGUAGAGUUUUGGAAAACUAUAAGAAAUGCUUUGUUAAUAUGUGUACUCCUAUGUAAAAACACAUGGCUUCUCCUGUGUAUAUUUUUAAAGAUUAAAGAAAUGCACAUUGUAAAA